CUAAUAAACAACUCUUCUCCUAAGGAGACGGGCUCCGAGACCAUAAACCUACUCUUCCUUUUUCAACUCUUUAAAAGUAGUCAUUUUCACUCUUAUCUGAGCUGAGCUUCUCAACUUCGCAAUCAUGGCGGUUCUGCAGAGAUCUGUACUCACACUCGUUCUCACUUCACUCCUUUUCAUCAUUCUAGUUAACGACGUCGUUUUCGCCGGAGCAACCACCCUCACCCUCGUAAACAAGUGCUCCUACACAGUCUGGCCGGGGAUCCAGCCCGGCGCCGGCUCACCCCUCCUCGCCCGCGGAGGCUUCAAGCUCGCUCCCAACAAGGCCUACUCCCUCCGUCUCCCCCCGCUCUGGUCCGGCCGCUUCUGGGGCCGUCACGGCUGCUCAUUCGACGCUUCCGGCCGCGGCCGCUGCGCCACAGGAGACUGCGGCGGAGCCCUCUUCUGCGGCGGCGCAGGUGGUGCUCCCCCGGCUACACUAGCCGAGAUCACCCUCGGUAACGACCAAGACUUCUACGACGUCAGCCUCGUCGACGGCUACAACCUCGGGAUCUCCAUAACCACGUUCCGCACCGGCGGCGGCCCGGGGAAGUGCAGCUACGCCGGCUGCAUCAGCGACCUCAACGUCAUGUGCCCGGCAAGCCUCCAGGUCCGUUCUCGCGACGGGAGGCGCGUGGUGGCGUGCAAGAGCGCGUGCUCGGCGUUUAACUCGCCGAGAUAUUGCUGCACCGGCGCGUACGGGAGCCCUCAGUCGUGUAAGCCGACGGCUUAUUCGAAGAUCUUUAAGGCGGCUUGUCCCAAGGCUUAUUCUUAUGCCUAUGAUGAUCCAACUAGCAUUGCUACCUGUACACGUGGCAACUAUUUGGUUACGUUUUGUCCUCGCCACCAUCGUUGAGAUCUAUUUUAUUUUUGGUUUAUCAUAUUAUUAAUUAAGUUAAUGAACACUAUUAUAUGUUAUUAUAAUUAAUUUAUGUUAUAAAUUUAUAAUAUAAUAGUUGAGUAAUGGAUCUGGCUUUUUAACUUAUA